UGUAUCGACGGGUUCAUUGUUACCUACAGUGGAGCGCUUGAUGACCCAUUUGAAUUGAAAUGGUUCAAUUACAUAGCCUGGCGAUCGGAGCUGCGUGUUGAUGCAUCUACUUCUGGUCUUCCCUUAGAGCUUGCUGGACCUCGUAUCGAAGGCCAGAGGCCUCAGUCGACUGUGGUGUCGUUCAUGGAUCUGGGCACUAACUGCGGUUUUGGAUCAACGGCAGGAAAACGGUGUCAACUCGCUCUUGGGCCUGCGCAACAACCGCACGUCCCCAGCCAUGGAUGGGGAGGUUAUAUGCCCACCCAAGACGAGGAGCCCCCUCGAUGGUGCAUCUAUGCUCGAGGGCACACAUGCGCCACGUACCCUGUGAUCGAAGGGGUUAGCUUGCAGUUCACCGCCCUCUUCAACCAAUCGUCGCCCCGGACGGACCGGGCUUUGUCCGACAAAAUGGGGGAGGAGGUGAACCCUUUCGUUGUGCAGUUGGACCCACGCAAAGGCCUGGCAGAGACUCCCGGAUCCGAGGUCAAAUAUGCAUCGGCUGUUUUGACUGCGAACUCCGAUCAAGGCUGGGUGACUACAACUAGUGGAGGGCUCCG